CGAGCGACCCCCGAGGAGCUCCGGGGCGUGGGGCGCGCGGGGGCCCUGGGCCGAGCUCGUGCGAAGUCUGCAGCAGUUGAGCCAAGGGAAGGGAGCAGGAGGAAUUGUGGACACCCGGGGGCUCCCAAGACCCAGCGGCCAGAGAGGGCCGGGGGAGCAGUUGUGCAACGAGUGCGGGUCGGGCCUGGAGGUGACCAAGUGCGCUGCAGGCGUGACUCGGUUAAUAGUUUUCUACUACUGUCGUGCCCCUGGGAGGAGGUAGCGUUACACGCGGCGCACUUGUGUCAGAAACGGCGUCUGCCGGGGCAAAAAAGGAGCCAGGAUGGCCUGGGCUCUGAAGCUGCCUCUGGCGGAUGAAGUGAUUGAGUCCGGGCUGGUGCAAGACUUUGAUGCCAGCCUGUCCGGGAUUGGCCAGGAACUUGGUGCUGGUGCCUAUAGCAUGAGUGAUGUCCUUGCAUUGCCCAUUUUUAAGCAAGAAGAGUCAAGCUUGCCUCCGGACAAUGAGAAUGAGAUUCUGCCUUUUCAGUAUGUUCUUUGUGCUGCCACUUCUCCAGCAGUGAAACUCCAUGAUGAAACUCUGACGUACCUCAACCAAGGGCAGUCUUAUGAGAUCCGAAUGCUAGACAAUAGGAAACUUGGAGAACUUCCAGAAAUUAAUGGCAAAUUGGUGAAGAGCAUAUUCCGCGUGGUGUUCCAUGACAGGAGGCUACAGUACACUGAGCACCAGCAGUUGGAGGGCUGGAGGUGGAACCGCCCAGGAGAUCGGAUUCUCGACAUAGAUAUCCCAAUGUCUGUGGGUAUAAUCGAUCCUAGGGCCAAUCCAACCCAGCUAAAUACAGUGGAGUUCCUGUGGGACCCCGCAAAGAGGACAUCUGUGUUCAUUCAGGUGCAUUGCAUCAGCACAGAGUUUACUAUGAGGAAACAUGGUGGAGAAAAAGGGGUACCAUUCCGAGUUCAAAUUGACACGUUCAAGGAGAAUGAGAAUGGCGAGUACACUGAGCACCUACAUUCAGCCAGCUGCCAGAUCAAAGUCUUCAAGCCCAAAGGUGCUGACAGAAAACAAAAAACAGACAGAGAGAAAAUGGAGAAAAGAACACCACAUGAAAAGGAGAAAUACCAGCCUUCAUAUGAAACAACCAUACUCACAGAGUGUUCUCCGUGGCCUGAGAUCACGUAUGUCAGCAACUCCCCAUCACCUGGCUUCAACAGCUCCCAUAGCAGUUUUUCUCUUGGGGAAGGAAAUGGUUCGCCCAGCCACCAGCCAGAGCCUCCCCCUCCAGCCACAGAUAACCUUUUGCCAACAACCACACCUCAGGAAGCUCAGCAGUGGUUGCAUCGAAACCGGUUUUCCACAUUCACAAGGCUUUUCACCAACUUCUCAGGGGCAGAUUUAUUGAAACUAACUAGAGAUGAUGUGAUCCAAAUCUGUGGCCCUGCAGAUGGAAUCAGACUUUUUAAUGCAUUAAAAGGCCGGAUGGUGCGGCCAAGGUUAACCAUUUAUGUCUGUCAGGAAUCACUGCAGUUGAGGGAGCAGCAGCCGCCGCAGCAGCAGAAGAAUGAGGAUGGAGAUUCGAACGGUACUUUCUUCGUCUACCAUGCUGUCUACCUAGAAGAACUGACGGCCGUUGAAUUGACAGAAAAAAUUGCUCAGCUCUUCAGCAUUUCUCCUCGCCAGAUCAGCCAGAUUUAUAAGCAGGGGCCAACGGGGAUCCAUGUGCUCAUCAGCGAUGAGAUGAUACAGAACUUUCAGGAAGAAGCCUGUUUUAUUCUGGACACAAUGAAAGCAGAAACCAAUGAUAGCUACCAUGUCAUACUGAAGUAGGGGCGAGCAUUCCACGUUCAGUAGCAGCUGCUGCUUCCUUGCUGAAGACUGACCCCUUGAGGAGCCCAAGACGGAGAAUGAAGGUCUACAGGAACCUGGCUCGCCUGACUGCGUGUGUGCGUGCGUGUGUGCGUGCGUGUGCAUGUGCGUGUGCGUGUGGAGGGGGAUCCAGGCCCUGAAGCAGACUCCAAGCCCCCUGUGUUGAGCUCUCUCUCACAAGCUCUUAUGGCAUCCACAGAUUACUGCCCAACAUGCAGUUCUGCAGCUGUUUACUUAGUUUUUGGCUCCAGUUGAAUAUCAUCAUAUCUGGUUUAAGUAGGGCAUAGUGUGAUGGGAAUGGUGUGGUGUUUGAUGGAAAGAUGCUAAAUUUUGUGAUGUGGAGCUAUGUAAUUUUUCUAAUAUUAAACUGAUGAGAACGGACACUACACUUUAUCUUA